AUGUCAGAUCCCGUCCUCCCUCAGAUCAAAGACGAACAUCGCACUACUGCUGUAACCUCCAAUCCCAACCCCAACCAUGAAACUAGGCCCGAAAACAACAAAACAGGCAACGAAAAUCAUGAUCAGAAAGCAACCGAGCCCAUCAAACACGCCGCCACCACCACCACCACCGAUGCAAUCGCAAUCGCAGCAGCGAUAACGUCGCAAUGGCAAGCUCUCAUGGACCGCGGCCGCACCCACACCGCCCGCCGCGAGCUCGAGCGCGCCAGCCACGUCUUUACCUCGGCCCUGCACCUGUGUGAUCGCUAUCCGGACAUCCUGACGCCGCACCGUUUCAGAUUCAGGGUGUUGGGCGAUCUGGGCUGGGUGGAGCGGUUGAGUGGGCGGUAUGAAACUGCGUUGGAGGUUUUGAGGGAGGCUGUUUCACUUUCUGUUGUUCUUUUAGAUUCUGCUACUGCUACUACGACUGAUGGGGGGAAGGGUGAGGAUGAAGGUUACGAAAUUGGGUGGUGGGAUGCGGAUGGCGAUAGGUAUGGGGAUGCUGAGCGCAGAGUUGUAGAAUCGGUUAGGAGGGAAGGUGAGAAUGCUAUAGUGGGGGAUCGCGUGCAGUCGGCGGGUACUGUUGGUGAGGCGGAGAGGGAAGCACAUGGUGAGAGUUAUAGUCGGCCCAGUCUGUUCAUCGCCGGCGAGAUUGGGACCGUGUACAGGCAGUUGGGGAAGCUGGAGGAGGCUCGGGAGGCGUUCAGGUCGCAGCUGGCUAUUGCCAGACGGUUGGGCAUCGACGGGCCGCAGUGUCGGGCAAGGGUCAAUCUCGGGAUCGUAAGGUACCAACUGGCUUUGAGGAGGUGGGAAAUCGCCGAGGCUGCAGGUAGCAGGGGUGACGGGAAUGUCAGAGAAGAAGUAGAAGGCAUGGUUGCUCUGGCGAUGGAUCAUUUACAAAAAGGGAUAGAGAUUGCGGAGAGGAUACGGGCAGAAGAGUCGAAGCGCGGGGGACAUCGGCCUGACACCAGGGAGAGGGAGGCGAGGGCUUGGAAGGCCUUGGGUUACGCUAGGAUGGCGCUCUGCUACUGUCUUUGGGCGGCUGUCCAGACCAACAACGAGAAGGAGAUGCUGGAGAAGGCAGCAGAUGCCGGACGCAAGGCUGUGGAUUCUGCCGGACUGAUGCUCGGCUCGAUCCUACCCAUGGCAAGAUUCAGCUACGGACACGUGCUUCUCAAGCAGGGCCACAAGGAGCUCGCGCUGGACCAGUUCAACAACAUCGCCUCGCCCUGGCCCUGGCAAGCCAUCACGCCGGUCAUGGUCAUGUGCAAGGAACCGUCGGACGAGCAUCGCGGCUAUCUCGCCGAGAUGAUUGAGGCCGGCGCCGAUUUGGACGUGGUCGAUCCCGACGGCUACACUGCUCUCGACCAUGCAGUCUUCAGCGGAGACGCCGAGUGCGAAACGAUGCUCCUCAAUGGGCUCAGGAAGCAGCUGAAUCUCUCUGACACUGACGUGGCAGCACGCCGGACCGAGGCACACCUCCGCAAGGGAUACCGGGAGAUGCUGCAGGAGAAGCUCCGGCCGAUCCUCUACCGGCGGGACGAGGAUCCGGACUGCAUGAAGAAACUCCGGCGGGUGUACGCCGAGGCGCUCGCGGCCGACCCGCGGAAGAGCCGCUUCUUCGACCGUCUCAAGUUCAUACGGUAUACCGACUUCAGGCGGUUUGGCAGGCUGCCGCGGUCCAGCGACGGGCUGGUGCGCUCGUACGAGGACGGCGAAGACCUGGACGUGCUCGUCUUCUUCUCGUAUCGCUGGCUGAACCAGGACAAGAGCCUCAACACGCCCGACGACGCCAACCAUACGCAGUACCGGCGGAUGCUGGAUGCUGCCGAACUGUAUAUGCAACAGAAUCCCUCCGUGGACGAGACGAAACUGUGUGUCUGGAUGGAUUUUGCUUGCGUCGACCAAGACAAUCCCGGCACCGGCGUCUCGGCGCUUCCCAUCAUCAUCACUCAAUGUGACGCCGUCAUCAGCCUGGUCGACGACACGUACUACGACCGGGCAUGGUGCUGCGUCGAGGCCAUGAUGAUUGCCCAGCUUCGACGCGCCGUCCGCUCCAAGUCCAACUUCCAUGCGUGGUAUGAGCACAAGGCUGUCGCAGGGGCGAUAGGGCAGAGCGGCAAUGGCGACUCGACAACAAGAGGGUGGACGCUGCAGAAGGCACCCACCCACCCGUCGCUUGAUAUGAAGGACAAGAAGCUGACGUAUGAGCUUGACCGGCCCAAGGUCAUGUUUCUAGAGCGGCAGAGCAGGUUUCUGGGGCCGUUGGGACGGCAGAGUUGGGACAUUUGA